GUGCUAAGUGGUACCCUCGUAGAAACCUCUCUUGAUAAUGUGCCGGAGUAUUUCGCUCUUUCCUAUACUUGGGGCGACUCUACGCUCUGUGACUAUAUCUUGAUUGAUGGACGGGUGUUAAAGAUCACGCGAUCGUGCGCAGCUGCACUACGACGAAUGCUCAAAGGCAAGCUCGAAAGAGUGAUAUGGGUAGAUUCUAUCUGUAUAAACCAAGCACGUGAUGCACAGGCGACCCAAGAAAGAAACACCCAAGUCGCUUUCAUGGACGAGAUUUACAACAAAGCGAUACAGGUCAAUGUCCAUCUAGGUGAA